UACAGGGAACACUUCCGUGAAGACACGAGAGCCAUCAAAAUCAUCAAACUUUGGAAUGGGCAGGCACAGAAUGGUUCUUCUUCUAGACGCUGGACCUCCUGGUUAUAAAAGAUUUGUCCAUAUAGGUUUCUUCAUCAUGGCUGUGGUCUCUCUUCUUGGUGUCUCUGCUGUCUCUGAUUCUCCUGGAGGAAUGAAAAAGGAACUGAGACUGACCGGCGGUGAAAACAACUGUAGCGGGAGAGUAGAACUUAAGAUCCAUGAGAAGUGGGGAACAGUGUGCCGUAACGGCUGGAGCACGGACGAGGUUUCUGUGGUUUGCCGGCAACUGGGAUGCCCAACUUCUGUUAAAGCCCUUGGGUGGGCUAACUCCAGUGCAGGCUCUGGGGACAUCUGGAUGGAUAAGGUUUCCUGCACAGGAAAUGAGUCUUUCCUUUGGGACUGCAAACAUGACGGGUGGGGGAAACAUAACUGUACCCACGAACAAGAUGUCGGAGUGACCUGCUCAGAUGGAUCCAAUUUGGAGAUGAAGCUGGUGAACGGGGCCAACCGGUGUAUAGGAAGAGUGGAGAUAAAAUUCCAGGGAAAGUGGGGGACGGUGUGUGAUGACAACUUCAGCAAAGAUCACGCUUCUGUGAUUUGUAAACAGCUCAGAUGUGGAAGUGCCAUCAGUUUCUCUGGAUCAGCUAAAUCUGGAGCUGGUUCUGGACCAAUCUGGCUUGACGAUGUGGCAUGCAAUGGAAAUGAGUCAGCUCUCUGGGACUGCAAUCACCGAGGAUGGGGAAAGCAUAACUGUGAUCAUGGGGAGGAUGUAGGAGUAAUUUGCUUAGAGGGGGCUGAUCUGAGCCUGAGACUGGCCGAUGGAGUGUCCCGAUGUUCGGGGAGAUUGGAAGUGAGAUUCCAAUCUGAAUGGGGGACCGUGUGUGAUGAUGGCUGGGACAGUCUUGAUGCUUCUGUGGUGUGUAAACAACUGGGAUGUCCAACUGCCAUCGCUGUCAUUGGUCGAGUUAAUGCCAGCGAGGGGUCUGGACCAAUUUGGCUUGACAGCGUUUCCUGUAAAGGACAUGAAGCAGCAAUUUGGGAAUGCAAACACCAGGAGUGGGGAAAGCAUUACUGUCAUCACCGAGAAGAUGCUGGCGUGACCUGUUCUGACGGAUCAGAUCUGGAACUGAGGCUUGUAGGUGGAGGCAGCCGCUGUGCCGGGACGGUGGAGGUGGAGAUUCAGAAGCUGACAGGGAAGGUGUGCAGCCGAGGCUGGACCCUGAUAGAGGCUGACAUCCUUUGCAGACAGCUUGGAUGUGGCACCGCACUUCAAACGCAUUCUAACAUCUACUCCAAAAUCAAGGAGGCAAAUACAUGGCUCUUUCCUGGCUCUUGUACUGGGAAUGAAACUUCUCUUUGGCAAUGCAGAAACUGGCAGUGGGGCGGCCUUUCCUGCGAUCACUUCGAAGCAGCCCAAGUUACCUGCUCAGGUCACAGGGAACCCAGGCUGGUUGGAGGGGAAAUUCCGUGCUCUGGACGUGUGGAAGUAAAGCAUGGUGACGUGUGGGGCUCCGUCUGUGAUUUUGACUUGUCUCUGGAAGCUGCCGGCGUGGUGUGCAGGGAACUCCAAUGCGGAACAGUGGUCUCCAUCCUCGGGGGAGCACAUUUUGGAGAAGGCAGUGGACCGAUCUGGACUGAAGAAUUCCAGUGUACUGGGGACGAGUCCCAUCUUUCGCUGUGUCCAGUGUCGCCCCCUCUAGAAGGCUCUUGUAGCCACAGCAGAGAUGUCAGCCUAGUCUGCUCACGAUACACAGAAAUCCGCCUGGCAGAGGGCAAGUCCUCCUGUGAGGGGAGAGUGGAGCUCAAGGUGCUUGGAGAGUGGGGACCCCUCUGCGACUCUCACUGGGACAUCGAAGAUGCUCACGUCCUGUGUCACCAGCUCGGAUGUGGAGUCGCCCUUUCUGCCCCACGGGGAGCGCGUUUUGGGAAGGGAUCGGGUCAGGCGUGGAGGCACAUGUUCCACUGUACCGGCACGGAGCAGCACAUCGGGGAUUGCCUCGUGACGGCUCUGGGCGCGCCAGUGUGUGCCGAAGGGCAAGUGGCUUCUGUGAUAUGCUCAGGAAAUCGGUCCCAGACACUGUUGCCGUGUAACUCGUCGUCCUCCUCGGUCCAAGCAGAGAGCUCCACCGUCCCGAAAGAGAGCGGCGUCCCGUGCAUAGCGAGCGGUCAGCUUCGUUUGGUAGGUGGAGGCGGUCGCUGCGCCGGGAGAGUGGAGGUCUAUCACGAGGGAUCCUGGGGCAGCGUCUGUGACGACAGCUGGGAUCUGGCGGACGCCGACGUGGUGUGCGGGCAGCUGGACUGCGGCGUGGCUGUUAACGCCACCGGCUCUGCUCACUUCGGGGAAGGGACGGGGAGAAUCUGGCUGGACGAGGUCAGCUGCCGCGGGGACGAGUCUCGCCUUUGGCAGUGCCGGUCCCACGGCUGGGGCCGUCACAACUGCAGGCACAAGGAGGAUGCCGGGGUCGUCUGCUCAGAGUUCAUGGCUCUGAGGCUGACCAAUGAAGCCCACAGAGAGUCCUGCACAGGUCGCCUGGAAGUGUUUUACAACGGGACAUGGGGCGGUGUCGGCAGCAGGGAUAUGUCCCCAACCACCGUGGGGGUGGUGUGCCGUCAGCUGGGCUGUGCGGACAACGGGAAGGUGAGACCUACACCCUCAGACAAGACAGAAGCCGGGCUCAUGUGGACAGACAAUGUGCAGUGUCCAAAAGGAGUUGAUGCCUUGUGGCAGUGCCCCUCGUCCCCGUGGAAGCAGAGACAGACCAGCCCCUCCGAGGAGUCUUGGAUUGUCUGUGACAACAAAGUAAGACUGCAAGGAGGACACACAGACUGUGCUGGGCGUGUGGAGGUCUGGCACAGAGGUUCCUGGGGGACAGUCUGUGAUGACUCCUGGGAUCUCGAUGAUGCUCAGGUUGCAUGUGAGCAGGUGGGCUGUGGUCAAGCUGUGAAGGCACUAAAGGAAGCAGCGUUUGGUCCAGGCACUGGGCCCAUAUGGCUCAAUGAAAUGAAGUGCAGAGGGAAUGAGUCUUCCCUGUGGGAUUGUCCUGCCAGGCCAUGGACUCACAGCGACUGUGGGCACAAAGAGGAUGCUUCCGUGCACUGCCUUCCAAGAGUGCCUUCAGAAUCACAGCAUGGCACAGGUCAUGCAACCCUCGCUGCACUCUUGACCUGUGGUAUCAUUAUAUUGGUCCUUCUCAUCACAUUCCUCUUGUGGACUCUGAAGCGAAGACAGAUUCAGCGGCUUAGAGUUUCCUCAAGAGGAGAGAUUUUGAUACAUCAAGUUCAAUACCAGGAGAUGGAUUCAAAGGUGGAUGAUCUGGACCUGAUAAAGUCCUCGGAAAAUUCCAAUGACUUUAAAGCUGAUGGACUAACAUCUCUGUCUAAACAUCUUUCAAUUCCUGAAAUAAAAAAAGGGAGCCAUUCAGAGGCACACUGAAAAGGAAAAUGAUAAUUUAUAACCCACUGAGGUUGGCAAUUAAGCAACCUUGGCAUGGCAGACAGAUAAAUGGAACAAGAGCCCAGCCCAUGCACAGAUGACCACAACCGCAUCUUCACACCGUCCUUUGUUUCCUGGUACUCUACUGAACCUGCAGAAACCGUAUUUGUGAAUGUGACCACCUAAUAAAGAUGAGAGAUUUUUGAGGGGAUUAAAUAAACAAUAUUGUUACUGAUUUAA